UUGUUUGAUCUCUUCUUCUCCAUAUAUGUAUAUAUAAUAUAUCUCUCUUGGUACAGCUCAAGAGCCACUGUCCCAUUUUAUUAUCCCCACCCUACCUACCUACCGGCAUCAUCUCAUAUUUCUCUCUCACAAUUCAUCUUUUUUACACUAAUCUAAUCUCUCUCAUUUUUAUUCUCUCUCAACACAACAACACUAGAGCAAACAAACAAACAAAAGCUUCAAUCUUUCUUCAACACAGAUAUGGAUCACUGGUCUACUUCUCUUGGCGUUGAUGAUGAGUUCGAGAAGCUUGUUCGUAGAGUCAACCCACCCAGGGUCACCGUUGACAAUGAUUCUGACAACAAGGCUACUUUGAUCAAGGUCGACAGUGCAAAUAAGAGGGGGAGCUUGUUGGAGGUAGUACAAGUUCUUACUGAUCUCAAUCUUAUUAUUCGGAGGGCUUAUAUUUCUUCAGACGGGGGAUGGUUUAUGGAUGUUUUUCAUGUUACUGAUAAAUAUGGAAAUAAGGUCCAUGAGGGGAACAUAUCUGAGAGUAUUCAGCAGUCGCUUGGUCAAAGAGGACGCAGUUGCCGGUCGUUGGCAAGGUCUGUGGGUGUGGAGUCAGCUGCAGAACAUACAACAAUUGAAUUAUCUGGCAGAGACAGACCUGGUUUGCUUUCAGAGGUGUUUGCUGUUCUUACUGAUCUCAAGUGUAACGUUGUUGCUGCUGAAGUAUGGACCCACAACUCCCGUAUGGCUUCAGUUGUCUACAUCACCGACCAAACCAACUCAUCCCCAAUUCAAGAUCCUGACCGUCUUUCUAAUAUCAAACAACUUCUUCUUUAUGUUCUCAAGGGUGAUAGAGAUAAGCGAAGUGCCAAUACUGCUGUUUCUGUUGGCUCUACUCAUACUGAGAGGAGGCUCCACCAAAUGAUGUACGCUGAUCGUGAUUACGACCACCUCAAUACUCUCGUCCAUUCUUCUGAUCAAUUACGGACCAAACCCCUUGUCACUGUCGAAAAUUGUGUCGACAAAGGUUACACCGUCGUGAACUUGAGCUGUGCGGACAGACCUAAGCUUCUGUUUGAUACAGUAUGUACCUUAACAGAUAUGCAGUAUGUGGUGUUUCAUGCCACUAUAAUUACCGAAGGGCCACAGGCUCAACAGGAAUAUUUCAUAAGGCAUAUGGAUGGGUGCCCCAUAAGUUCAGAAGCAGAGAGGCAGAGAGUAAUUCAUUGCUUGGAAGCAGCAAUAAAGAGGAGAACAUCCGAGGGAAUAAGAUUGGAACUAUGCAGCGAGGACAGGGUUGGGCUUCUAACAGAUGUGACACGCAUAUUUAGAGAGAAUGGUCUAUCAGUUAGCAGAGCAGAGGUGACAACAAGGGGGACACAAGCUGUUAAUGUUUUUUAUGUGACGGAUGCAUCGUCGUCUAAUCCUGUACAAAGUCAAACUGUUGAGGCUGUUAGAAAAGAAAUAGGUUUGACUAUACUCCGUGUUAAAGACGACACCUACUCCACUUCACCGCCUGAUCAGCAGACAGCAAGAUUCUCUUUAGGGACACUCUUCCGAUCCAGAUCUGAGAAGUUCCUCUACAAUCUAGGCCUCAUCAAAUCAUGCUCAUGAGAAGACCGAAGAGACCCGUACGUACGUUAGACUAGUUUGUUGUUGGUGGUCAUUUCAGUAAAUAUCAGUCAAGUUAGGGCUUAACAUAGUUAUUACGUACCUUGUUAGGAAAUCUUUACUACUCAACGUACACAACCCCUUAAUUAGCUUGUUGAUGGAUCAGAUCAUGCAUGCAUGAUAAUUGGUUUGGUUUAGGGCCUGAAUUAAUAUAAUGUGUGUGUGUAUUUCGUGUUUGUUUUUUCAAUUGAAUUGAAAGGAAGUUGUACAUAAUUAAGU